AUGCGCAAAUUCUCAAAGGUGUGUUGCAUAGGCAUGUCUACAGAGUCCAUGAUUCUCGUGAAGAACGUCAACGUUGUCUCCAUACAGCUUGAGAUAUCUAUGCUUUCAUUGUCUGUUGAUGCUGUAGCCAGGGAUGUUGAUAUCGUGAAACCGUUUAUCUUCAAAAAAAAACUCACCAUGGCACCACAAUCUGAAGAUGUCUUGAAGGUUAUAUUCAGUCCUGUCCUGGCGGGCCUGCACGAGUGCCAACUCUGCUUCCGUAUUGUUCAACCCUCGAAUUUGAUUGCCAAGUCUUACCUCUCCUCGUUUGCUACUGUCAUAGCUGAGUCGGAGCUGCCUAACAUUGUUGUUAGGGCAUUUAAUUAA